GCUCAAGGUCUCGUGAGAGUCAUUGCUGUGCGCACUACAGUCGUGAUUAUUAUGCCCACUUCGUCCUCGGGUCCCUCUCCUUCGCAUAUUGUCGCCCACACCGCUUGAGCAGGUCUUUCGACCUCGUCACUGCCCAGCAUGUCGUGGAAGAAGUCUGCCCAGUUGAUGGAGACGAUCAAGCAUUACUCGAACUUCCCAGCGACGGGCGUGAGUCUGCGGCAGAUGGUCCAGUUUGGGAGCAACCCAUCAACAGGCACCCUCUUCCGCGCCUCCCAAUUCCUCUCCGAAGAGCUACCCAUUCGCCUGGCGCAUCGGGUACAAGAGCUAGGAGACCUGCCAGAUGGCCUCAAUGAGAUGGAGAGCAUCAAGAAGGUGCAGGAUUGGUACGCACAGUCAUUUGAGGAAAUUAUAUCACUACCAAAGCCAAGUCUCAGCAGCGAAGUUCGCGAACGAUUGAUCAAACCUGCCAAGGCCAACGGGAAGCACUCUCGAAUCUUGAGCGAAACGACCGCCAAUCCCAGCAUCAAACCCGGACAGUAUAAGUCAGAUGGAAACAUUGGAACUGACGGCGCAAACGGUGCGGUUAGUAAGAGCAACGGACAGAGAAAAGUGGCAGCUACACGACGAUACUUCGCUGCUGCAGAUGAUGGCGACUGGCCACCCGAGCUCAAUGAUUACAACACUCGUUUUGCGAAGACGCUCGAGACAAUCAAACGACGGCACGACAGUGUUGUCACGACCAUCGCCCAAGGAAUUCUCGAGUACAAGCGCAAAAGACAGCGUAUGCAAAUCGAUCACAACAUACAGGCAUUCUUGGAUCGUUUCUACAUGUCGCGAAUAGGAAUCCGUAUGUUGAUCGGCCAGCACAUUGCUCUGACCGAUCAGCGGUCACACAGCGAUCCGAACUACGUGGGUAUUAUCUGCACCAAGACCAACGUCAAAGAGCUGGCACAAGAGGCAAUCGAGAACGCUCGUUUCGUGUGCGAAGACCAUUAUGGACUGUUCGAUGCGCCCAAGGUACGACUGGUGUGCCCAAAGGACUUGAACUUCAUGUACGUGCCCGGCCAUUUGUCACACAUGCUUUUCGAGACGCUCAAGAAUAGCUUGCGGGCUGUCGUCGAAACGCAUGGACAGGACAAGGAGGAGUUUCCAGUAACACAGGUGAUUGUGUCCGAGGGAAGGGAAGACAUCACGAUAAAAAUCAGUGAUGAAGGCGGCGGCAUCCCUCGCAGCAGUAUUCCACUGGUCUGGACAUAUAUGUACACGACUGUGGAUCAGACGCCCAAUUUGGAUCCGGAUUUUAACAAAUCAGACUUCAAAGCGCCCAUGGCUGGCUUUGGGUACGGGCUUCCCAUCUCUAGGCUCUAUGCCCGAUACUUCGGAGGCGAUCUCAAGCUCAUUUCCAUGGAAGGCUAUGGCACAGACGUGUACUUGCAUUUGAACAGACUGUCCUCCUCAUCCGAGCCUCUACAGUGACAACGACCAGUCAUGAGGGAUGAAUGGAGCACAAUGAUCCAACCAUCGACGCACUCAUCCCCGGGAUUGACGAGAGUCGGAAGACAAGUCGGAUCUGCAGACGGCGAUCGGAUCGCUGGCAUGACGAUGGCGGCGAGAACAAUGAAAUUGAAGUCGAAGCCUAACAGUAAGAUGUGGGACUUGAAGAGCAGGGAGGUUUCGGCGCGGAGACAGGUGGGCGACGCAGAGAGCACCGUGAAUCAACCCACUGCCGGAGAUAACACAACUCCCUGGUGGAAGUCGGUUGGUAUGGAUGAAAUGUAGGAUCGAACUGAAUGUUGGACAUGAGAAGCAUCGCACGGCGUUUGGCGGCGGCAGUCUGGUGGAGGCUGCUGCUGGGUUUUGCUAUUACGAGAAGUGCCAGGACAGGGCACCAGCUUCAACGUCUGUCCUUUGCAUAGGAAGCUCAGCAAUAUGCUGCAGCUCGGACACAGUUACGUCCUCCGUUUGAACAGCCUCUUAUUAAUUCGACAUCAAGUAACGCAUCCUGGGGCGUGCUGCGAGCGCACUGUCAUGAGUCAA